AUGGCUGCUCAACCCGACGCCGAAGCGCAACUGCGCUUGUUGACAUUUCGCAACUUGCAGACAGAUCUUGCGACCUAUUUCAACGAUUACAGACAGGGAAUCAUGCGUGCAUACCCCGAUGUGGUGUUACGAAGGGUUGCCGCAGACCAGAACGCCGACGCGGACGAUCUUCUUCGGGCUCGAAAUCGUCCCGCCCAAAAUUGGAAACGACUGUGGCGCAAGAGAUUUCAAGGACAUGAUCUAGAUGGUGACAUACCCGUGCAAAUCGCAGCCUCACGCGUUAGCAGGUUACUCCGUAGCAAAGGGAUGGACAUUAGACUUAUAAAAGUCCUUGGAACUGGCGGCCAAGGCAUGGUGAGCCUUUGGGAAAUCAACAACAGGCGCAUAUGGAAGAGGGUUGUAAUCAAGUCAACCGUGGCAGAGGGGGGCGUCCUGCAGCGAGAAAAGAUGAUGACAUUGAACGUGAAGCGAGCGAGACAUACUGUACAGCUGCUGCGUUUCAACGGAGAUAUAAUGCAGCCUAAAAAUGACGGCUCUGACGAAACGCAAGAUAUUCAACGAUGGCAGCAGGCGGAUAAUAGUUUGGAGAUCCUAUGCCUUGAGUAUAUGAAAAACGGAGAUGUGCUUCACUUCCUGAUGCGAGUUGGCUCUCUAGGGAUGUAUGUGCCUAAUAAGGUCCUGUGGAGGAUUUUCACUUGUCUCGUCAAAGCCUGUGUCGCCAUGGCGUACCCACCGAGACAUUCAAAGAACUUGGCUUACGAGGAUUGCUGGUCUGACCCACCGGGGUUAGACGAUAUUGAAGAGUCAUUGCCCAAUGGCCCUGAUGAUGCUAUCAAGUAUCUCGCCUAUGAUCUGGUUCACUUCGAUCUGGACGGACAGAACGAAGUACCGGUCUUCAAGGUCGGCGACUUCGGCUUGGCCCGUCCAGCUUCGGACCCGGCGAACCACGCACACAACAUCUGGCACAUUGGUAUUUUGAUGCACAUGAUCGCUACGCAAUCUCUCUGGACAAUGCCUCCUGCCGCAAUUGGUCCCGUGAAUGACCAUGUCGCAAUGGCUGAAAUGUUCCCGUCACCCUUGGAGUUCAAGGAUUUUGAUAGGAAUCCGGUGCGGCCAUUUUAUACUUAUGGCCUCUGGCUCUCAAAUAAAAACUCACUUAACUCGGAGCUCGACGUUUAUCUCAUGAUGGUCUUGGUUCGCUGCCUUGCGGCCGACCCAGAAGACCGGCCAUCGCUGAGAGAGCUCCUGCGAUGGUGCAGCUGGAGGGAAAAUGAUGCACAUUGGGAUGACCAGCAGGAAAGUGUCCGAGACUGGUCGGAUGCAAAUAUAAACCAACCUGCACCUCCGCCUCCGUCGGCUGCAGCUGCUCAGCCUGGUCUUGCUAGGAUUGGACCAGACGUUAUGGAGCGUCUCGCAGAUGCAGCAGAAAUGUUGCGCAUCGGCGGGCUGGCGACCAGGGCGGAGAAAGCGGAGCAGUCCCGGCUGCGCCGCGUAGCACCGGUGGGCAAUAUAAGACAGCAAUUUCAGGAUGGAGAAGGUCCUCCGCCGUCACCAGGUGUCCGAAGGGCUCCUGUUGGCUGGUGGGAUACGGUGGUUCAGAGUCGUUUCGCACAAUUACAAAAUCUGCUGAAUAUUGGAAGGUUACCAUCCCCAGCCGAUGAUCCACCACCGCGAGAUUUGCGUCGUCGGCGACCACUUAAUGACUUGAGAGGACGAUAUCGCGCCGAAGAAGAGGAUGAUUUGGCGUUGUAG